UUGUAGUUCUUUUGUACCGCAGAUCCCGGAGGAGUAGCCAUUUGCUGUUUUUACCUAAACAGCCUGAAAGUUGUGUAACAGACAAAACAAAAGGACACCGAUCCGGGACUCGACGCUCCAUACACGCGGUCUAAUUCGGCUAAAAAUGUUUUCCCUGUCGUCCUUUCAGCCACAACAGAUGAUUGUGCCCCUCAGCCAGCUCAUCAGUGCGCUCCACUCCCUGAAGAACUCAGUCACAGCUUCAGUGCAGACCCUACACAAAGACUUCACUGCUGAGCCCACCUGGCUUCCAAAAGAGCCCAGUGCGAGUCUCCGGGAGCUGGGUCUGUCGGACAUCAGCGGGAGUCAACUGGAUGAUUUGCUCAGCAGGUUGCUGCCCGAUUUCGGACGAGAGGAACCCCCCACCGUCCCUUCUAUAUGGAGGACAACUCAUGUUUCUGCAGACACUUUCUUUCACAACAAGCACGGGUUCUCACACAGAAGACAAGGGGGGUUUGCCUCGUCGAUAUUCCAUAACCACAGACCUCUUAAAGAACUUUGUUCAGAGCUUCAGUUUUUACCCUUGUUGGUCCAGAGUCGAGGUUUCAAGACUCACAGAUCAAAGACCAGACGAAGAGAAUAUGGUCACGAUGUCCCUUUGGAACCUGAAUCCGAACGGCCCUUCAUGAAGGCUUUUCUGACAAGAGAAAGGGCACCAGAGCUGCAGUCCAUGGACCAACUUAUAAAACAUAAGAACCUUCCCGAGAGCCAACAUGAGGCCUUCAAGUCGGGCUUCUCAGAGGGCUUCAUGCAAUCUCAGGGCAUUGUACAGAGAACACAAGAGGGCUUGAGGAAAAUCAGACUGAUUGUGAUGGUGUGUUUACUGAUGGCCUUUAUUGGUGUCGCAAGAGCCCCCUUUCUCUCGGGGAGAGGCUCCUUUUCUGACGCUGUGAGGUUCCGCACCAGUGUUCUGGGCUCGGCUAUCGACCCCACGCAGAUGAACGUGACUUUCGAGCAUGUGAAAGGAGUGGAGGAGGCAAAGAACGAGCUGCAGGAUGUUGUGGAGUUCCUCAAGAACCCCCAAAAGUUCACCGUGCUGGGUGGGAAGCUUCCCAAAGGGAUACUCCUGGUGGGGCCGCCCGGCACAGGGAAGACCCUGCUGGCCCGAGCUGUUGCCGGUGAAGCGGAUGUGCCUUUCUACUACGCCUCGGGGUCCGAGUUUGAUGAGAUGUUUGUGGGUAUUGGCGCCAGCCGCAUCAGGAACCUCUUCAAGGAGGCCAAAAAUAACACACCUUGUGUCAUCUUCAUUGAUGAACUAGACAGCGUCGGGGGGAAGAGAAUAGAAUCUCCAAUACAUCCUUACUCCAGACAAACCAUCAACCAGCUUCUGGCUGAAAUGGACGGGUUCAAGCCAAACGAGGGCGUCAUCGUCAUCGGCGCUACCAACUUUGCUGAGGCUCUGGAUAACGCUCUGGUCCGACCGGGCAGGUUUGACAUGCAGGUGACCGUCCCUCGGCCGGACGUGAAGGGACGGACGGAGAUCCUCAACUGGUACCUUUCCAAGAUUAAAGUGGACUCUGGGGCCAACGCUGAGAUCAUCGCCCGGGGCACGGUGGGCUUCUCAGGGGCGGAGCUGGAGAACUUAGUCAACCAGGCUGCCUUGAAGGCAGCGGUUGACGGGAAAGAGAGGGUCACCAUGAAGGAGUUGGAGUUCGCUAAAGACAAGAUCCUCAUGGGCCCUGAAAGGCGGAGCGUGGAGAUCGACAAGAAGAACAAGACCAUCACGGCCUAUCACGAGUCGGGCCAUGCCAUCGUGGCAUACUACACCAAAGAUGCAAUGCCCAUCAACAAAGCCACAAUCAUGCCUCGGGGGCCAACGCUAGGCCAUGUGUCCCUCCUCCCGGAGAAUGACCGCUGGAGCGAGACCAGGGCUCAGCUGCUGGCUCAAAUGGACGUCAGCAUGGGGGGUCGUGUGGCGGAGGAGCUUAUCUUUGGAGAUGACUAUAUCACCACAGGUGCGUCCAGCGACUUUGAUGGAGCAACCAAAAUAGCCAAUAUGAUGGUCACCAGGUUUGGCAUGAGUGGCAAGCUGGGUGUGAUGACCUAUGGAGAUGUGUCUAAACAGAGCCCCGAGACACAAGCCGCCAUCGAGCAGGAAGUCAGAUUGUUACUGAAGGACUCCUACGAACGGGCUAAAAACAUCCUGAAGACAUACAAAAAGGAGCACGAGAAGCUGGCCGACGCCCUCCUCAGAUACGAGACUCUGGAUGCCAAGGAGAUCCAGAUGGUUCUGGAGGGCAAACCGCUGGACCAUUAGCCCCAUAACCCCCCCCCCCCCCGCGCCCCCGCCCCCGCCCCGCCUGACUUGUGUACAUAAGACAUUGCUGGGAUUAAUUUACUGAAUUUAGUUUGUUUUUUUAAAAUAAAUGUUUAAUUUGAUGGAGAGUAUAAACAACCUUGAGGUGCAUCAUAAAUCUAAACAUCAUAAAUGGUGCUUCUAUUUAUUUAUAACCUUCAAGUACCUCACGUAGAACUCAUUUAUGUUGCAACUAUUUAUGGUGAAAUGUUAUCCUUUUCUUUUGAAUUAGUGAUCUUUUGAUGUGCUCACCUGUUAAAUGAUAUGAGAUGAAA